AUGUGGGAGCAAAGAGUAGAUGGUAUGAAAAAAUUGAAACCAAAUGCAGUUCCCACUAUUUUCGGUUUUUUUCUUAAAAAGAAAAUAUCAGUAGCAGAAAGUGCAAACGAUGAAGUAUUGACAAAAGAUAACGAUAUAAUAACGAAUACUCCUGAAUCUUUAUCUAUAAUAGAUGUAAGAGAAAAUCAAGAAGAUGAAAAACAAUGUGAAAAUCUUGCAACAGUUUAUAAUGAAGAUCAAGAUGUGGAAUGUGAAAUAAUUACGAAUACUCGAGAUGAUGAGUCUUUACCUAUAACUUAUUCGGAAGAAAAUAAAGACGAUGAAAUACAGUGUGAACAUAAACAAUUGGCAGAAAAUUUUUUAAAACAACAUGUACGAAUGACAAACAUGAGAAGACAAAUGAAAGUGAUGAGGAAAAGAAUACAAUCAUUGAAAACUAAGAUGAAUACUGAUAAAUACAAAACAGCUCUAAAAUCAAUUUUCACUGAAGAUCAGAUCUAA